ACUACAUUUCCCAUAGUGCAUUGUGCUUAUGCUACUGCGUCUUGGUGCCGUGCUAAACGGUCACACAGCAACUUUGCUACAUUGAGGCCCUUAAACCAUGUACAUAGAGUUGGCAGUGGCAUUGGGGCUCGGAGCAGUGAUUGCUCUGGUAUUCCUGAAGAAGAGAAAGAAUGUCCUGAAAGCUCAGGAUGGGUGGUGGGGUGUGGGAGCUUGUCCCCAAGGACCUGAGGACGAUAGUAUCCGCCCGUUUAAAGUUGAGACAACUCCAGAAGAGAUUGAGGAUUUGCACCGCAGGCUGGAUCAGACCCGCUCCUUUCCUUCUCUUGAAGAUAGUCAGUUUAACUAUGGCUUCAACUCCAAAUACCUUGAUAAGGUUGUGUCUUAUUGGAGGAAUGAUUUUAGUUGGAGCAAACAAGUGGAUAAACUGAACAAAUAUCCUCAUUUCAAAACCAAAAUCGAAGGUAUUGAUAUUCACUAUGUUCACGUGAAACCGAAGAACCUGCCAGAGGGAACCCGCGCUGUACCUCUGAUGAUGGUCCAUGGAUGGCCAGGCUCCUUCUAUGAGUUUUAUGGUAUCAUCCCCCUGCUUACGGAGCCAGUCAGCCCUGAUGACAUAGCCUUCGAAGUCAUCUGUCCCUCAAUACCUGGUUAUGGUUUCUCAGAGGCCCCACAUAAGAAAGGGUUCGACUCUGUAUGUGCAGCGCACAUAUUUAAUAAACUGAUGAAGCGUCUUGGUUUUAACCAGUACUACGUUCAGGGAGGAGACUGGGGUUGGCUUAUUACCACUAAUAUGACCCAGCUGGAGCCCAAUGCUGUGAAAGGCCUCCACGUUAACUUUGCUCCACCUGCAAAACCAGGCCUUCUCAUGGUGUUGUCUAUACUUUUUGGUCGACGAUUCCCCAAACUCUUUGGCUUCAAUGAACAUGAUGUGAAACGCAUUUUCCCUUGUAUGGAAAAGCUUGUAGUGAAUGCCAUGAAGGAGACUGGAUACAUGCACAUACAAUCCACUAAACCUGACACUGCAGGCCGUGGAUUGAAUGAUUCUCCUGUUGGUUUGGCUGCCUACAUUUUGGAGAAAUUUUCAACCUGGACUGAUCCUGAAUUUAAGAAACUUGAGGAUGGUGGACUGGAGAGGAAGUUUUCUCUUGAUGAUCUACUGACGAAUGUGAUGAUCUACUGGACCUCUAGGUGCAUUAUAUCCUCCAUGCGCUUCUACAAAGAGAACUUUGGCAAAGGCUUAGACCAGCCCCAUGCAAAGCUUCCAGUUUACGUUCCAACUGGUGUGGCCUCUUUCCCCAAUGAGUUGAUGCACACCCCUAAAUUGUGGGUGACACAGAAAUACCGUAGGCUCAAGACUUACACUCCCAUGGCCCGUGGGGGCCAUUUUGCUGCUAUGGAGGAGCCGCAGUUACUGGCAGAGGAUGUUCAGAACUUUGUCAAGAUUGUAGAGAAGAGAAAGAGGAAAUGAGUAAUUCCAUGUCAUCUUAUUCAUAUCCAUGGGACUCUCAUAAAUGCAUCUAAACAGUGAUGACCAUGAAGUAAAAAAACAACCCUUAUACCACAACAAUCUGCUAAUCAACACUAUUAUGAACAAAUGCAUUACAUUUAUUUUUAGGUACGGUAAUAGCGCUGUUUAAUGCUAGUAACAUACUAAGGAAUGUGCCUUUGUUUAAUUGUAAUUAAAUAAUUCUAUAUUGACAGGA